AUGGCGCCUCCUGACGUGCUCGAGUUGCACGCAUCUCCAUUUGUGUCCGAGGGCCUGCCUCCGCUGCGAAUGACAAAUGCUCGUGCGGGCAUAUCUAAUGGAUCGAGCAAGGAGCGAAAGGAUCCGUCGGUAACUCCUCAAAAAUUUCGACGGUUCUUUACACCGCGAAAACUCGAUAGUCCCGAUACGAGCUCGGCUACCAAGGCCUUGUACCAAAUUACACGGCCUGGCUUCAGCCAGAAAGAUGUGAGGUCGAGUCCGGUCCGCCCUUCUAAAGGUCUAUCUCUCCUGGAAAGUGGUCCACCCAGCAGUCCAUCCGAACAUCUCACAAGAGAAAGAAAAAGGAGAAGAAUUGAAUUCUCGUCUCCCGUCGCCCCCAGAAUACUAUUCUCCCCUAUUCAUAAUCCUCCAAGUGCACGUGUUUGUCAGGUUGAGGAGCAAAGAUUGCACUCUUCUCCUAGCAAAAGGUUUGCUCAGACGCUAGGCGAAGACGUUUCCAAAGAUAUAUCAGAGGGCCUCCAACUCUUUACUAAAAUAACACCUGUGGCCAGUCGGGGGUUCGCGGGACAGCUAUUGGACAGAAGUAUUGGGAGCACAUCACUAGGUAGGCGACGACAUCAUGUUGCUAUAAUUAACGACUAUCGAGAUCACACAGCUUCCUUUUACAGCCAGCACGAUGAUACGCAUGCCUGCGUAGGCCUCGAAGGAGAGGAACGUACGAUACCCUUUUGUACAGCAGCAUGUAACAAAAGUAGUCUCGUCGCAAUUGGUGAUGAGGAUGGCUGUGUCCGACUACUCGAAACCGAGCUCGAAGAAAAUUCAAGGUUCAGCGACAUAUUUCUAGGCUUCCGUGUCCACAAAAACGCCAUCAUGGAUAUGAAUUUCUCUAGCGAUGACUUACGCCUAGUUACUGCCUCGGGAGACCAAAGCGCCAGGGUCGUAGAUAUGAACACACAAUCUACAAUUUCCAUACUCGGAGCGCACACAGGAUCACUGAAACAAGCCCGAUUCCAACCUGGCUCUAAUAGUAAUAAUGUGAUAGCAACCUCGAGUAGAGAUGGUAGUAUACAGAUAUGGGACCUAAGGUGCACAGGGUACGAGAGGCCAUUAGUUGAAAUCAGUCAUUCGGUUGAUAUUGAGCGAUCGCCCUCAGCAACAGAAAAAAUACAGUAUGGUGCAGUAGUUAAUAGUAUAUAUGAUGCCCACAAGACCUUUUCCAAUCAUAUCCAGAUUCCCGGUAUGCCCGAAUCGCCGUCACAAGGAGAGCCGGCCGGACGUAUCGGAGACGUUUCGGUUACCGCCAUUCAUUUUCUGUCGGCAGAACUAAAUCAUUUACUUUUGUCGGCUUCGGAAGCCAAUUCUUCUAUUAAACUUUGGGAUAUCCGAUUCCACCAAACAAACCGCCGCCGCCGAAAUCAAUUACCCCUCUCCUCGACUGCCCAACCGCGCAGUCACAAUCAAUGGCGUCAUUUUGGAAUCUCGUCACUCAGCAUGAGCAGCGAUGGUACUAGACUGUACACACUGUGCAAGGAUAACACUAUUUACACCUACUCUACCGCGCAUUUGAUGAUAGGCCAGGCACCUCACCUCCAAGUCUCCGAACAAAACCGGUGGGGAAUACCCCCAAAAAUUGGUGAAGGUCUCGAGCCCUUGUAUGGAUUCCGGCAUCCCAAAUUCCAUGCUUCCUCGUUUUUCGUCAAGUCAGCCGUGCGUGCGCCGACGGGGGGUAGGUGUGAGAUGCUAGCAGUGGGGAGUAGCGAUGGCUGUGCCGUCCUCUACCCGACUGAUGAAAGAUAUCUAGGACCGAAUGCCAGAGAGAGAAUCUCGCUGCCUCCUAGCAGGACACGAGGACGAAAAGAUGAUGGGAUUCCAAUUUCUACGUGUGGCACCGCUUUGAUAGGGGGCCAUAGCCGAGAGGUUGGACCACUGGUCUGGACUAAGGACGGUGCGUUGGUGACUGUAGGUGAUGACUUUUUGGUCCGGGUAUGGCGAGAGGGAAGUGCUGCGAGGAAGCUGAGAGUGGAUGGGGAGGGUGAGGGUCGGAGAUGGGGCUGUGGCUGGGCCGAGGUAGACUGCAAGUAUGACGAAAAUGAUGCAUGA